AUGAAAUCUUCAUCAGGUCGAAAGGCUCUCCAGCCCAGAAACAUCUUCCUUGUCCCAGCAGAUAAUGACCACCUGAAUCUGAAUCUGAAGAAGCCCAACAAAGCUCCUCUUCUUGUGCUUUGCAAGGACAAAGACAAGGAGGUUAAUCAUCAUCUCCUUCCCCUUGUUCAAUCAAUCGACGCUUCUCUCGCGGAGGAGCUGGGCGCCUUCAAGAAGAAACUCGAGCGGCUGAGAGAGGACCGUGAGAGGACUGAGAAACUGCUCGACGAGAGAGAUGUGGCCAUGGAUCUACACUUGAACCAUCUUCUCCUCAGAGGAGACUUCCAGAAAACCCUUGAAAUCCAGGUCGAUCGUCUCUUUAGAUUGAAGGAGCUUCACGCCUAUACCUCCAAAAUUUCCCCGAUCCGAUCUCUGAGAGCGAAAGAGCAUGACAAGAGGAAACGCUUCAGCUUCGAACCUGUGGAAGCUGAUGAUGCAGAGGAACCGGAGGAAGAAGAAAGCUCCGUCGCAAAUUCUGAAACUCCUACUUCUUAA